GCUCUUCCAAUCAGGGCUCCCGCGGGCGCCGCUCCGCCGUCGCUCUAACCCCGCCGCCACCUGGGCCACCCGGCAGGCAGGCGACGGAGGAGGCCGGGUAGCCAUGGGUGACUGGGGCUUCCUCGAAAAGCUGCUGGACCAAGUCCAGGAGCACUCGACUGUAGUGGGCAAGAUCUGGCUGACGGUGCUUUUCAUCUUCCGCAUCCUCAUCCUGGGCCUGGCUGGCGAGUCCGUGUGGGGCGACGAGCAGUCAGAUUUCGAGUGUAACACGGCCCAGCCGGGCUGCAAUGUCUGCUAUGACCAGGCCUUCCCGAUCUCCCACAUCCGCUACUGGGUGCUGCAGUUUCUUUUUGUCAGCACACCCACCCUGGUCUACCUGGGCCACGUCAUCUAUCUGUCCCGGAGGCGGAAGAGAGAGGCAAAGGAGCGAAGAAGGAGGGGGAGAAGGAGGGAAAUGAAGAAAAGGAAACAAGAGUGCGCAGAGAAGAAAAGAGAAGAGCCUAGAGUAAAAGAUGGAAGAUCCGGUGGCAGAGCGACGGAGAGGGAUCCGCGGGCGCUCAUGGGCACCUACGUGGCCAGCGUGCUCUGCAAAAGUGUGCUGGAGGCAGGAUUCCUAUAUGGCCAGUGGCGUCUCUAUGGCUGGACCAUGGAGCGGUUUGUGUGCCAGCGCGCCCCCUCCUACCUCGUAGACUGCUUAGUCUCGCGCCCCACAGAGAAGACUAUCUUCAUCAUCUUCAUGCUGGUGGUCGGACACUUGGUGCUCAACCUGCUGGAGCUGGGACACCGCUGUGCCGCUGCCUCAGCGGGGGGUGAGGGCCCGGCAGGGCCAGGAUGUGCCCCGGCCCAGCGCACCUCCUCGGAGCCCUACCCUGACCAGGUCUUCUUCUACCUCCCCGUGGGCGAGGGCCCCUCGUCCCCGCCUUGCCCUACCUACAAUGGGCUCUCAUCCAGCGAGCAGAACUGGGCCAACCUGACUACGGAGGAGAGGCUGGCUUCUUCCAGGGCCCCCCUCUUCCUGGACCCGCCUCCCGAGAGUGGCCAGAAAUCCCCCAGUCGCCCCAGCAGCUCUGCUUCCAAGAAGCAGUAUGUGUAGGGGGCUGGGGCUUAUGUCCCCCAACAGAGGGGCCCAAGGAAGUCUGGCUGCCUUGGAUGCCCUCUCCCUAAAGACUGCAGGAAAGAGGGGAGCAAGGGAAGCAGAUGCUUGCUGGCCAGGAGCCCUCAUUGCAGAUUGUGUUUGAGCAUCUGGGGCUUUCCUGGUGACCAGAGGGGCACCAUGGAUCCCCCUCCAGAACAUGACUCUGCCACAGGCACAGACAAAGCCAGCUUGGGGUGCUCCAGACCAAAGGCCUUGUGGGGCCUCUGGACUUUUUCACCUGGUUCAGAGCAACCCGGAGCCAAUUUACCCCUCCCUCAUGAAAGAUUCACCUCUGCCCACGUUGUCCUCACAGGAAAGGGCUGGUUGAGGCUGCUGGGUCAGAGAGCUCACACACAGCCUGUGCUGGAUCUGGCCCUGUCGAGGGGACUGGUGUCUCGUUCUCACUCCUUCCUAGUUCCACUGUUUAUGCUUCUAAAAUAAACAAGACUUGGUCACAA